AUGAAGUUUCUUGUCCUCUUGCUUGGUGCCGCCUAUGUCAGCGCUGCUGUUGUCGAACCUAGACGCGGCGGCAACAGAAAGGCUGGCUCCCAGACUACGAGCGCAGCCGCUGCGGCCACGGGGGCGGCAACAUCGGGUGCGUCUGGAAGCACUCAGGUUUUCACAGAGAUUGGAGGUGUCCCAGGCAAUGAGUGCUUGACAUUUAGAAAUAACGGAGAAAUAGUCGACGCCGCAUGUGUCGACACGGCUGCGGAUCGCCAAAUGACUCCCACUACCCUCUCAUCGGGAGAUGCAGCCCUCAAGGUGCAGCGUACCUUUACUGCAGGCUUUAGACCUGAUCUGGUCGACGUGGAUGCGUGCGUGGGAUUCAAUGGAACGCACUUUAGGGCCGAGGACUGCACGGCCUCGGGUAUUGAGCUUGUUACUUUGCAGAAUGGGGAGCUGGUCGCCAGUGGAGGUGCUUGUGCCAGUGGCCACGAUGACGCGGCUCAGAUGACGGUGGACACUCAGGGACAGUCUUGUGCUUCGUAUACGACCACCAACGUGACACCUUCGACCUCUUGA